UGCAGCAGCGGCAGCGUCAGCCUGAUGGUCCCAUAAAUGAAAAGGCUCAGUGUCAGCGCGCCAACUCAUUGUGACCAGAGGCACCAGGAGCAGCCAGCUGAGAGGAGAGACCACCGCCACGACCCCGUAACCUCACCUGUCUCAGCAGCGCGUCGGGGAGUUGGAAAGGCACAGCCAUGCUUGCUGCGUGCUUGGAGUUCCUCGGCCUGGCGCUGUGCCUCACGGGCACCCUGCUGGUGAUGGUCGCCUGCGGCCUGCCGAUGUGGAAGGUGACCGCUUUCAUCGACUCCAACAUCGUGGUGGCGCAGACCAUCUGGGACGGCCUGUGGAUGUCCUGCGUGGUCCAGAGCACCGGGCAGAUGCAGUGCAAGGUCCACGACUCGGUCCUGUCCCUGACGCAGGACCUGCAGACGGCGCGGGCGCUGACGGUCAUCUCCGCCGUGCUGGCGGUGGUCGCCCUCACGGUGACGGUGGCCGGGGCGCAGUGCACCAACUGCCUCAGGGAAGAGACCCUGAAGGCAAAAGUGGUGAACACCGGGGGGGUCCUGUACAUCUUCAGCGGCCUGUUCGUGCUGGUGCCGCUCUGCUGGAUGGCCAACAGCAUCAUAGUGGACUUCUACGACCCGCAGGUGCCUCCGUCCAAGAAGCGGGAGAUCGGGGCGGCGAUCUACAUCGGCUGGGCGGCCACCGCGCUGCUGCUGCUCGGCGGGACCCUGCUGUGCUGCUCCUUCUCUCGGGUGGUGAGGGGCGCGUAUCCCAUCAAAUACGCCCCCACCAAGACCAUCACCGUCAACAGCGACUUUGACAAGAAGCAUUAUGUGUAGAGUCGAAGUUUCACAUUGGGGACCUUUGGUUUUCGGGCUGAGCUGGGACAUUUCUGCUGUUAAAGUCUGAGGUGGUGCGUGCCAAAGGGCAGGGUCACGCCGAAGUGAUGCUCAACAGACAGUAAAGCACAUUGUGACUGUAACUCUUGUACUAUGCAUGAUCUGAAUGUCAUUUCAUUGGAGGUUUUUCAUGCAGCAGAAGUUGUUGGUGCUGCGAGUGUUGUAAUCAGGUCAGGGUGCAGGUCGGGUCAAGUGUGGACCCUCAGCUGAAUAUCUGCACAGCUUCAUUGUAAAUAUAGUUUGUUCUUCCUCUGGCCUAGUUUUGCUCAGUUCCCACAGCGAACAUGCAGCAGACAGUGGAGCCCAUCAGACCGACGUGCACUCGUGUUGUGAUCAGAGGAGGGAAUUUGCAUUUGAAUACAUGUACAGUGUUUUGACCUUCAUGUCUUUUUUCAAGUCUCUCAAUAGACACAUUUUCUAAUAAAAACAUGUAACUGUC